AUGGAGUCUUCGAGCCAACCCCGAUAUCCUCAUGCUGAGAAACCCCCGAAAUUCAUAGAAUGCCCGUUUCACAAAUACGAUAGCAUUCGCUUUUACGCAUGUGCCAACCUGCCUUUGAAAACAAUGGUGGCUUUGUAUACUCAUCUCCAAUCUUGCCACCGAGCCAACAUCCACGUUUCCCCUUUCGUUUGCCAGAAUUGCCGCGAGGACAUCUCGGAAGACAAGAAUGAAGCCCAGCAUGAUCAGUCGCAAUGCGUCCGUACUACCGCGGGAGAAUCAGGCAUUAUGCUCGGGUCAGAGCUGACACGAUGCCGGGAGACAAAUAACGAAAGGCCAAGGACACGCUUUGUGGAGAUCGCGGUUCCUUACCUUACAGCAAAGGCUCGAAUCGCACCACUGAAUACUGGCUCUCUGGAUCUUGUACUUGACAGCAUAUACAUGACUCGCUACGUCUUUAGGAAUGAUGACGACAGACCUCCAACCUGGCAAAUGGACGCAGCAAGGCUCGCACCAACAGUACCUUGCGGUACACAGUUCGUCUCUAACUUGUAUCAAGAUGGAGUACAAGUUGCAAAGUACCAGCCAGUGCCAAGAGUACGAAACGCGAAGUCCCAGCAACUACCACGACAGGACUCCAACCUACAGGCCACUCAAAAUGAAGCUCAAUCUGGAAAGAAGCGCAAGAAAUCUCAGCAGGCUUCACCACAGGCUACUCAUUCGCAACUAAAUGGGAAUGGAACUCUUACUCAUCAGGAACAAGUGAAUCAGUAUGCACCACAACCACAGGCCUCCCAUCUGCAGCUUGCACAGACGAGUCAUCAAAGCCAAAAUCUGGAACAACCGCAACAAUCUCGCGCCGAGCCAGUCUCUAAUUAUUGGACCCAAGGUUUAUCUUUUGAGCAGCCACCAUUCGUUUCUAGUCAUCAACCGUUCUACGGCUCGUCUGGACCUAGCAUAACGCCUGGGGACAUUUCUAGCAUGCAGGGAAGCUCGAUAAACCAACAUAGUCUCGAUACUCCGGAUCCUCAAUCUCAAGGAUAUUCGACAGGUAAUGGAUUCGACAUCUCCUCCAAUUCCCCUCAGUCCAAUACAAUACCAGCGGAAAAUCCAAGCGAAGUGACAGGAUCUAUGGCACCACAGAACAUCGGUAUUUCGGACGAAGCGCUGAUACACUCACUGUCUAUGGAUUACGAAGAUUGGCUGAACGAUUUUGUGGACGUCUCACAGUUUAUCCCCCCUUAA